AGCCAAAGAAGAGGAAGACGAAAAAAAUGGUGCUCACACGCCAAGAUUCGUCUGCGACUCAAACCAGCGGAGGCGGGACAACCGUAGUCGUCCAGUCUUCCCAGCACUCUCUCAAACUAAAGGGUGCUUCGAACUGGUGCGACUGGAAGUAUGUCACAGAAAUGCGGUUGCAAGCCCGCAAACUACAGGGUUGCAUCAAGACAAGAAUAAGUGAAGCUCAUCUCGCCGAUACCGAGUCUGCGGAGUACGAGCAGGAUUUCCAAGCUCGCCUCGUAAUCGUGGAGUCCCUCAGCGAGGAGCUGAUUCGCCAUGUGCGGACCCACAAAACUGCGUUUGAUGCCUGGGCGGCGUUGUGUAACACCUACGAGGACAAGGGAGUUCACCAACGUUGUGCUCUGUACGAGAAGUUUUCAAACUGCCACCACAAGAACUUCUCUACUCUAGGCGACUACGUUAUGGAGUGCCGGCACAUCAUGGAACAAGUGGCGUCAACCGGCAAAGUGAUGGACGACGAGAUGGCCGCCUGGUGGAUGCUGAAGAAUCUACGUGAGGAGUAUUCCACCAUCAGAGCGCUAACCAGUCGCCAGUGUGCAUCAAGCUGCCCGACGGUCAGACAACCUUCAAAUUCGAAGACGUCGCCACCGAACUUCAAAAAGAAGCACAGCGGGAGCUGGCUGAAGGAAAGGGCGGGAAAAGUAAAGCUGCUCUGUCCAACGUUGCCGGAUCGUCCCACUGGCAAGGCAAGAAGAAGAACAACAGCUCCAACACCAAACCACAAGGCGGUGCACCGGCUGCUGCAGCGACAACACCGCCGUCGUCUGCUGGUGACCAAAACAAGAAACAAUGGCCGCCGAAGCAGAGGACACAGUGCAAGACCUGCCAGAAGUUUCACUUGGGAAAAUGCCGCUACGAGAAAACUGAAGAUGGGCCUGUCUCCAACAUGCCCGGCCCCAGCCAUAGCGGACCUGCCGGGUGGUCAAUUGGCAGUGCUGCCAAGUUUGCCGCCAUGAGUGCAAAGUGUUGUGAAAAAGGAUCUAAAAAGAAGUGAAAGUGUGGCCAUAGACUGUGCGGGUAACCAGAAACUGUUCACAGCUGGUGAAGGCUGUAUUAAGGUAAAUGGUCCAAAUGGGUUGAAUUGCAU